AUGGCCUUGUUUCGUAUGGGUAUUGUGGACCCUGAGUUAUAUAAAGAUCAACUUGUUGUUUUUUUCUCUCGCUACCUCAACAACUGCUGGAUUUCGCUUCUUCGUGGUGAUGACAAUUUUGUAGUUAGUGUGUAUACUGCCAUUAAUCAUGACCAUCCGAAUUGUGUAUUUAAAAAACUUUUUGAAUUGGGAACGCACGCAUUUCCAGAGCAUCCCCCUUUGGAGCUGACGAAGUAUGCGCCAGAUGAUCCGGAGCAACUUGAGGCUGCGCGGGUUGAGGUGUCAGAGCUGUUGAAUUUUUUUUUUUCACAAUCUACACCUGAUAAUUAUUGGAAUCAUUCUUGUGACACCUUGUCUCUUGAGGAGGAGCGGGCUUUGUGGACACAGAAUGGCUGCAAGAGCGAAGAUUUUUUUGUUGUUUCUUGA